CAUUGCGUAGUGAUUAAUACUUAUUUGGUUAAUUCCCUGAACAUUUCUAUCCUAUAAUUUGAAAGGUUGUAGGUCACUGCAGCACCAUUGUAGGACCAAUGGAAAGGCACAACACAUCCUCUACAGAUUUCACCUUUCGGGGCCUGUUCAACAGCAAGAACUUCUCAGGUUUUCUUUUUGCCAUCAUCUCUGUCAUCUUUUUCACUGCUCUCAUGACCAAUGGGGCCAUGAUUUUCCUGAUCCGCACUGACUCCCGCCUUCACACCCCCAUGUACUUCCUUCUUAGUCACCUCUCCUUCAUCGACAUGAUGUACAUCUCCACCAUUGUGCCCAAGAUGCUUGUGGAUUACCUGUUAGGUCAAAGUACUAUCUCAUUUGUGGGCUGCACAGCUCAGCACUUUCUUUAUCUCACUCUAGUGGGAGCGGAAUUUUUCUUGCUGGGCCUCAUGGCCUAUGACCGCUAUGUAGCCAUCUGCAACCCUCUGAGAUACCCAGUCCUCAUGAGUCGCCGGGUCUGCUGGAUGAUCAUCGCUGGUUCUUGGUUUGGGGGCUCUUUAGAUGGAUUCCUAUUAACUCCCAUUACCAUGAGCUUCCCCUUCUGCAACUCCCGGGAAAUUAACCACUUUUUUUGUGAGGCACCCGCAGUUCUAAAACUGGCUUGUGCAGACACGGCCCUCUAUGAGACAGUGAUGUACGUAUGCUGUGUUUUGAUGCUACUUAUUCCUUUCUCUGUGGUCAUUGCUUCCUACACACGAAUCCUGACCGCUGUCCACCGUAUGAGUUCGGUGGAGGGGAGGAAGAAGGCGUUUGCCACCUGCUCAUCGCACAUGAUGGUGGUGACCUUGUUCUAUGGAGCUGCUAUGUAUACCUACAUGCUGCCACACUCUUACCACAGACCAUCACAAGACAAAGUCUUCUCCGUCUUCUAUACCAUCCUCACACCCAUGCUGAACCCACUCAUCUAUAGCUUGAGAAACAAGGAUGUGACCGGAGCUUUGAAGAGGGCACUGGACAUGCUCAAAGGUACAAAAAGAGUUUCAGGGGAUGAUUUUUGA